AUGGCGCUUCCUUCAAUAGCGCUCCCGGGGCAACUGCUCGGAAGUGUCGACAAAUACAGUCCAGGUCCAGGAACGCACAUCCACGACUCGCAAAUCUACGCCUCAAUAGCUGGACCCGUUUUCUCUUCGCCAUCACAUCCCUCCACCCAAAGCGCAUCUUCCAAGUCCGGCAAACUCGCGCCGCUCCUCUCAAUAACGCGUCCUCCCACCUCCACCGACCCCGGUAUCCUCGGUCCCAACUCUGGCGGCGGCGUACCCCUCCUUCCAACCGUCUCCAGCACUGUCCUCGUCCGCAUAACGCGCCUCGGCCCACGCUUCGCGAGCUGCGAAAUCCUCGUCAUCGACAACGCCGUAUGUCGCGAAGCCUUCCUCGCGCAGAUCCGACGCGAAGAUAUCCGGGCUACAGAGAAGGACAAGAUAAAGAUUGAGGAGAGCUUCAGGGUGGGUGAUUUGGUCAGAGGCACGGUCAUUAGUCUGGGAGAUAGCGGCAAUUACUAUGUCGCUACGGAUCGCAAUGAGUUUGGUGUUGUGUUGGCUAGGAGUGAAGAGGGGAGGGUUAUGCAUCCGGUUAGUUGGAAGGAGUUUAGGGAUCCGGUCAGUGGGAAGGCGGAGGCGAGGAAGGCUGCUAAGCCGUUUUGA